AUGCUUCACGAGGAGAAGGAGCCAACUUAUAAGACAGAUGUGGUUCCAAUAACGAUUCUUGUUUCAUUUAUUAUUACCAUUUUGGUUACUGUUCUCCUAUUAUUUGGAAAAUUUCAUGUUUUACUUCUUCUAAUAAUAAUAUUUAUCGGUUAUAAAUUAAAUGCUUAUUAUGUAUCAUGGCUAAAUAAUCCUCAAAACGUAUUGUCAUGUUGGCCAAAUUUAAUGAUUUUUCUUGAUGCUAAACAGAAUAUAAAAGAAGAAUCAGAACUAAAACAAAGAUCCGAAUGUCAUUAUCUUCAGAAAAAUCCUUGGGUAUCAUUAAUGGUAUCAAAAAAUAUUGAUAAUGCCAUUGAAGAGUUUUGUCGUCUUGUUCUUCGGGAUCAUGUUUAUCCGUGGUAUUUACAAAUUACACACGAUGAUAGUCUUGUGUUAGAAGCAAAAUAUGUUUUUCGUUAUUUACUAGCCACAGUUGUACGACGAUUUAAAACCGUUGAUAUUCAUAAUUUUGUUCUACGUCGUUUAUUUCCACUAUUAUUACAAACAUGUGAACGUUAUAUAAAUGUUCGUAAACAACAAGCAAAUGGCAAUAGUGAUCAAGAAUCAUCCUCACCAUUGUUAUUACAAAAAAUAUUUGGUAAUGAUUUACAUCCAACAAUGUAUAAUCGUAAAGCAGAAUUAAAUUAUCUUAAUAAAUUAUUUCUUGAUUUAAUGCCCAUUAUAACACCAAGAUAUAUUUAUGAAUGUAAAGGAGCAAGACAUUUUCUACGAGAAUUAAUUGUAUGUCAAAUACUUAUUGAUGGUGUUGAUAUAUUUUGUGAUCCAAAAUUAAUUAAUCGUUUAUUUUAUUUGUAUUUUGAAACAAAACGACGAGCCGCAUUAACAUUAAUGAAUGAUUAUAAUACGCACACUGAUCAACUUCCAAAUAGUGAUGAACAACAAAAAGAAAAAACAACAUCUACAGUUUUUGUUGAAUUAUUGUCUCAUUUUUGUUCCAUGAAUGGUCCUAUUCAUAAAAAUCAAUUAUCAUUAGAAUUAACAGAUGUUUUAUAUGAGAAAGAAUUGAUGAAUCAAUUUAGUCGAGUAUUAGAUCGUAGUUCAUCAGUUGGUUUGCUAAGUAUUUAUCUAACAUUGACCGAUGUAUUAAAUGAUAUUCCAUUAGCUUCGGAUAUAACAAUAAGAAAAAACAUAAUUGAUCGUUUAAAAAAGAUUAGCGAAAAAUAUUUAAAUCCAGAAAAUAGUAACUUGUACAUAUUUAUUACUACAAUGAAUAGUAGUGAUACCGACCAACAACAAAAUGGGAAUGAGAAAUUAAUUAAUGAUAUUAGAGAGUUACUUAAUAACGAUACAUCAAAUAGUACGAAUACGUCUACAUUUGAUAUUCCAUACGCAUUCACAGUAUUAUCUCGUUUUCACUGUAAAAUUUAUGAAUUGUUAGAAGAAAAAUAUCAACAAUGUUUUCUUAAAAGUGAUGAACAUUUCUUAUAUAUUUGUGGAAAACGAAUGGAUUCACCAGAUUAUGCAAUUUCAGAUUACAAUCAAAAACAAAUUGGUCAGAAAAGUCGAAAAGGCAGUAUACAGAGAAGAUAUACAACCACAUCUUAUGCCGGUAAAGUUUUUCUUGUCGAUGAAAAAAAUUCUAAUGUAAUCAAAAACUCAACAUUCAUUUUAGAUAUGGAAGAAAAAGACGAUCUACAUUUAAAAUGUCCAGAAGAUACAGCCAGUAUAGGAAGUAACGGUUCAUCUGAAGAAAGUAUGUUUCGUGAUUUGAGUUCAUGGCGUGUGAUGAUUCCUCGGGCAGAAGAAUGUCGAGAUAACAGUACAAAUCAAAGAUAUUGCGUAUUAAUUAUCGACAUACAACGUUUAGACAUAAAUCGCGAUGUGGCGUUAACGAAUGACGAUGAAAGAUCUCAUUGGGUUGUAGCAAGACGUUAUCAAGAUUUUUAUUUAUUAGAAUCAAAAUUAAUUGAAUUUCAUGGAAUAUUUGAUGAUGCCCGUCUCCCUCCAAAACGUUCAUUUACGACAAAAAAUGUUGAAUUUCUUGAAACGAUUCGAAAAGAUUUUGAACGAUUUUUACGACAUCUAUUGACAAAGCCAACGUUACGUAACAGCGAAUUGUUACAUACAUUUCUCACACAACCUGAUGAAUUUAAUCCUCCAAGUAGUGAAUUAAUCAUAUCUAAAAUGUUCAAAGUUGUUCCAAGACGAUUAAGAAUUGAGAAAGGUCAAUAUUUGGAUCCAUUUUUAAUUUCAUUAUUGAAUUAUGUUGACCCAUCAAAGCCAAAAUCUUCACAAUUAACUCCGCCAACAUUUUCGAAUAUAAUUGAGGAAAAACUUCAAAAUUCUCUCUAUGGUAAUAAUGUUGAUAUUACCAAUCAAUAUGAAGCAUUUUCAAGAACUGAUAAUUUACAUGAUACACCAGAAAAAACAGAACAAGAUGAUUUAGAUAGUGCCUACGAUAAUUUAAUUUUUAUUGCAUCAGAACUAUUUUCUACAUCACCAAAUGUAAUAUAUUUAUUAGAUAUUUUGCGUUUACCAUUCAAAAAUACGUUCGAUGCAUUUUUUACAAAUUAUAUUGAUCAAAAAGUUGACGAAUUAGUUGCUGAUGAAGAGAAUAUUAUCGAUGUUAUUCAUGCUUUGAGAGAUGCUAUCUUUCCAAAUGAGAAAACAGAUUUUAAUCCAACAGAUAUGAUUGAUUUUGAUGAUGUUGUGGCAGCUGCUGACGAUUAUCUACCCAAUUUGAUCAAAUUCAUCAUUGGAAAACAAAAUAUUCAAAAUGGACUUCAGUUGAUAUUUGAAUAUUUUCAAGAUCCACUAUUAAAUAAACAACUUUUUUACAUGAUUUUGGAUGAAAUAAUUCGAGAAUUAUUUCCUGAAUUACAAGCACAAACACAUAAAAAAAUGUGA